ACUACGGUUGGAAGGCUGCUGCUUUGCCGGCCCAGCCCGGGCGGCGGGGCCCGCUGGAACACUUUCCAACUCCAACAUUGCUUCCUUUCCACCGAGCCUGGUUUCCUCCCACUUGCUUUUGGGACGCCACUGAGAAGAUCGGUGGAUGUGAGAGAAAACCAGAGGAUUUAUAGCGACAUCGCCAGCUGCUCAGCUGUCACCCACCGAACUGACAGAAAUGAGGAACGAACUUUUUAAUAAAGAGAAAAGUAGGCAGUUAUCGUUAACUCCCCGAACAGAAAAGAUCGAAGUUAAGCAUGUUGGGAAAACUGAUCCUGGUGUCGUCUUCUUGAUGAACAAAAACAUUUCAACUCCCUACAGUUGUGCCAUGCAUUUAAGUGAGUGGUACUGCAGGAAGUCCAUUCUGGCGCUUGUGGACGGACAGCCGUGGGACAUGUAUAAGCCUUUGACCAAGUCCUGUGAGAUUAAAUUUCUUACUUUCAAAGACCCUGACCCAAGAGAAGUGAAUAAGGCCUACUGGCGUUCUUGUGCCAUGAUCAUGGGCUGUGUAGUAGAAAGGGCCUUCAAAGACGAGUAUACAGUCACCUUGGUGAGAGCACCAGAAGUUCCUGUAAUCGCUGGGGCCUUCUGCUAUGAUAUAGUUUUGGAUAAGAGGCUGGAUGAAUGGAUGCCAACAAAAGAGAACCUGCGUUCUUUAACAAAAGAUGCCCAUGGUUUAAUGUUUCGGGACCUUCCCUUUGAAACGCUGGAAGUUGAUGCAAAAGUAGCCUUAGAAAUCUUUCAACAUAACAAGUAUAAGUUGGACUUCAUAGAGGAGAAGGCAUCUCAGAAUCCUGAGAGAAUAGUCAAGUUACACAGAAUUGGUGACUUCAUCGAUGUGAGUGAAGGCCCUCUUAUCCCAAGAACAAGCAUCUGUUUCCAGUACGAAGUGUCAGCAGUCCAUAAUCUCCACUCCACUCAGACGAGCCUCACAAGGAGAUUUCAGGGCCUGUCCUUACCCACCCACUUGAGAGCUCAUUUUACAAUAUGGGACAAGCUAUUGGAAAGAUCACGGAAAAUGGUGACUGAAGAUGAAAUCAGACAAACAGAGAACACUGUAUCUACCCAGUAACUUUCUAAAAUUUAAGUAUGUACAGUAAGUUAAAAUAAAAGCCUUUAAUAUAAUAUGUUUGCUUUAGCUCUGGCUACGUCAGCAAAGUCCAUGCCCCACAACCUCCAUUUAUAAACAUAUGUGGAAAUACACAG